GAAAGCUUGGAGAACAAAACAUUAAGUAACUUGCCCACAAGCCAUCCAAAAAGGCUGAGAUGGACCUACAUCCUCAUAACAAUAGUGUUCCAAGCAGGAAAGGAGAACGUGAAAUCAAACAGGGCUUUCCUCCUGGGACUUUCUCUAUUGAAGGGGAAAAUCUCAGAAGCCACUUGCAGACUUCUUCUACAUCUCAUUUGGCCAGAACUGGUUCAGAUGCCCACCAGACCAAACAAAGGGGAAACUAUGACUGGCUUAGAGCAGUCAUGGUAUAUAUCCUGGGGCUUAGCCUUCUGCCAUUUAAAAAAUUGAGGGAAUCUGGCAGCAAGCAAGAAGAGGGAAUGGCUAUAGAGCAGGAAAUGAACAAUGUAAGCCACAUCUUAUUUAAUAUUUACCUAAAUUUAGUAAAUAUUACAUACAUAUUAGUUUAACCAAAAAGCGUUAAAAAAUUAAGAGACAAAAGUGUAUACAUUGGGAGAAGGAUGUAUAUAGCAACUAAAUCCUCAUCUUCCAUAGCAGGAAACUAAUUGUUAAUAUCCCAAACUGAGAAAUACGCUGGGCGCAGGAGCUCACACCUAUAAUUGCCGCACUUUGGGAGGCUGAGGUGAGAAGAUCACCUUAGCUCAGGAGUUCAAAACCAGCUUGGGCAACAUGGUGAGAAACCAUCUCUACAAAGACUUUAAAAAUUAGUCAUGCUUGGAGCAGUGUGAAAAAGAAGAGGCAAGAACGACCCCCUGACCAACCAAAGCCCAUGCGCCACUGCAUCCCGCGCCCAGCGCCUACAUCCCGCCGCCAUCACCACCAUGCCCAAGAGAGAGGCUGAAGGGGAUGCUAAAGGAGAUAAAGCCAAGGUGAAGGACGAAUCACAGAGAAGAUCCGCGAGGUUAUCUGCUAAACCUGCUCCUCCAAAGCCAGAGCCCAAGCCUAAAAAGGCCCCUGCAAAGAAGGGAGAAAAGGUACCCAAAGGGAAAAAGGGAAAAGCUGAUGCUGGCAAGAAAGGGAAUAACCCUGCAGAAAAUGGAGAUGCCAAAACAGACCAGGCACAGAAAGCCGAAGGUGCUGGAGAUGCCAAGUGAAGUGUGUGCAUUUUUGAUAACUGUGUACUUCUGGUGACUAUACAGUUUGAAAUAUUAUUUUUUAUCCAGGUUUAUAAAAAUGCAGAAUUUUGUUUUACUUUUUUUUAAGCUAUGUUGUUAGCACACAGAACAAUUCAUUGUUGUUUUGGGGGAAGGGGCAUAUGUCACUAAUAGAAUACCUCCAAAGCUGGAUUGAUGUGGGGAAAUGCCUUUCCCUUCUAGUUUUGAGAGACUUCCUCUUGGCUCCUAGGAGGAGGGAUUCCCUGACUUUGACACACAUGGCCACCUUGGCACACAAAAGCCUUGUGGUAUGGAAAAACAAAUUUGUUUUUCUGUCCUCUUCUCCCUUUCCAUCUUUCAGCAUAGACUUAACUCCCUUAAGCCCAAACAUCUGUUGGGACCUGACCCCCAGUCAUUGGUUACCAGUGUGUCAGGCAAUCUGGACUUGCCAGUGAUGCCACUGAGAUGACACCUGUCAAAAGAGCAGUGAUUCCAUUUCUAGAUUGUGGACCUUCAGAUCAAUUCUGCCAUUUUCAUUUCACUUCCUGAAAAUCAAGAGUUGGCUCGUGAAAAGCUGUUAAACAACAUGCUAAAUGUGAAAUGUCAACCCUCACUCUAAACUUACCCUGUUCAGAGCAUCAGAUGAAGACUUCAUUGGGUUUUAUAGUGGCUGUCUGAUUUUUGGUAAUCCAUCAAAGGGAGUUUGAAAGUUGUUGUAUACUGUUAACAAUUGUCUGCCCAUGUCCUGCCUGAAAUACCAUGAUUGUUUAUGGAAAGUAUCUUUAAUAAAGCUGGAUACAGUUUGGCUUGGAAAAAAAAAAAA